UCUUCUCAAUUUUCCCAAAUUUAGGACACGAAAACUGCACAUUCCACCAUGAUCUGGAGCUGGACCACAAACCGUCAACCCGGGAGGAACUUCUGCCGUUGAUGUCCAAAUCGUACCGGAGUUUGCUGCGAAGCCUCGGAGAGGAUCCAGAACGACAGGGUUUGCUGAAAACGCCGGAACGUGCGGCCAAAGCCAUGCUGUUCUUCACCAAAGGAUAUGAUCAGAGUUUGGAGGAGGCUCUCAACGGUGCCGUUUUCGACGAGGAUCACGACGAGAUGGUGGUGGUCAAGGACAUCGAAAUGUUCUCGAUGUGCGAACACCAUCUGGUGCCGUUCUACGGGAAAGUUUCCAUCGGCUAUCUGCCCUGCAAGAAGAUCCUGGGCCUGAGCAAACUGGCCAGAAUUGUGGAAAUUUUCUCCCGCCGGCUGCAGGUUCAGGAACGUUUGACCAAGCAAAUUGCCGUGGCCGUGACCCAGGCAGUGCAACCAGCAGGAGUUGCUGUCAUCAUCGAGGGAGUUCACAUGUGCAUGGUGAUGCGGGGCGUUCAGAAGAUCAACAGCAAGACGGUCACCUCGACGAUGUUGGGAGUGUUCCGGGAUGAUCCGAAAACCCGAGAGGAAUUCCUCACGUUGUGCAACAAUAAAUAGAAGAACGCACUUUCCCUGCCAACGAACUUCCGGCUCCAGCUGAAAUUCCGUUAAUCGUACUGCACACCGCCGCUGUUUUUACCUUCCGGAAAAAAUGGAACAAAUAAUCGUCUGUCAAAAAUUUGAGCCGGUUGAAAAAAGAAAAACAAAAGAUAAAAUCAAAAAUCAAUAAGGCAGCAAACUAGUGAUAGGUUAAACGUAUAAACGUAUUUUCGAUCGAACUUUUUUUACUCGGCAAGGUCCCGCCAUAACGAAACAAAAAAAAACACAUUUUACUGUUCUUAUUAUACAUGUACGUGUGCAUGUUGUUAUUAUUGUUGUGCUAUUGUAAGUUAAAACUCUGAAUGUUGGAAAGUGAUUGUUGAAAGUUUAAGCCUGAAUUUGGGAAUCAAUAAAAAUAUACAGUUACGAAACGAUAUCCACUUAUAUGAAUAGUAAAACGAAAAAAGGAAAGUUGAAAACGAUUGUUAGCAACAAAUACAAGUGAAAGAAAAAAAAAUAUGAAUGAUAGAAACUCUUUUCAAAGGGGCCAAAAAACAAAACUCAAUAUACAAAACAAUACUAUGAUAAAUAAAUAAAAAAAAAAGAACCAAUAUGCAAUCACUUCGUGUGCAGCAACCAAACAAGGGAUAUUUUCGGCAAUAUAUGCAAACUUAACAAUGAGAUACGGUUUUUAGCAAUGCGAUGUAUUUUAGAAACAAUAUUAUGCUGUGUUGUUCAGAAUAGCAGAAAUGAUACAUCAGAAUAACGAACAACAUUCAUCGAUAUACAGUGUUCUUUCUAUUAAGAUCAAUAAAGCAAAAAUAUUUAAAAAUACUUUCUUUGAA